AAAGCCCUUUCUGGAAAGGCUCCGGCCGGUAAAGGAAAAGUUCUAAGAGCUCAUCAGGAGAGGGGCCAGGAUUCCAUGGAUUGGCAUAUGGUAAAGGGGAGAAGACAUGGAAGGCAUAUUUCUAGUGGUGGUGAGGGCCCAAAGCCUGUCUGGCAGGUUGUAACCCCGGUUGGAGUGGCCAGUAAUCAUGAGGAGGUUGAAAACCCUAAUCCUUACCCUGACCUCUCUUACCUAGAGGUUUCAGUUCCUUCUUCAUGCAUGGCAAUCGUCCCUUUCGUCCCAACAAAGGUGGUAGAUGUGGCCUCUGAUCCUGAACCAAUACCUCUCUUGGGCAACCUGGAUGACUCCUGGAUUGAAACGCAUUUUGAUCCAGAAAAUCUCAAUAUUGGAGCUAAUCCCUCGUAUUACUGUCACUCUCAUGGUGGUGAAGGAGACUGUCCUUUUGAUUCCUCGAGUUCGGAACCUAUGGACAUGAUUGGCAACCUUCCUUUUCAAUCCAUGCCCUUACAAAAGUACUCUAAACCCAAAAAACCACUGCCACCCCUAGGUGUGACAACGAGAGAGGUGGAGCUGGCUCAUCUCCCUAAAAACAACUCUGACCAUAAGGCCCUUGUACUUCAGUGCAAACAUCAUGAUAUUCAAGGAGCAAGGCCAUUCAGAUUUAUUAACUCCUGGAUCCAUCAUGACCAUUUCCUUAAGGUGGUUAAGGAUGCUUGGGCAAAGAGCCCUACUUUUGGUGGGAUGAGAGGGCUAGUGUCCAAACUUCAAGACCUAAAGAAAGCCCUUAGAGACUGGAACACAAAGGAGUUUGGGAACAUUUCUGUGAGGAAAGAGAAAGGCCUUCAUACCAAAGAGGCAAUCAGUGAGGAAGCCAUCAGCUUCUUCAAGGAUCAAUUCUCAGCUGACCACUCUUCAGCUCCAAACCUCAUUUUUCCUUACAUCCCUCAAACUAUCAGUGACCUAGAUAAUGAUUUACUUACUGCUCUCCCUGAUAUGGAAGAAGUCAGAAGCACCAUUUGGCAGAUGGAUGGUGACAGUGCUAGUGGACCGGAUGGCUUCAAUGAGAAUUUUUUAAAGGCCUCUUGGGAUAUCAUCAAGGAAGAUGUUCUUAAAGCAAGCCUGGAAUUCUUCAAGGGCCUUCCCAUCCCCAAGGCUUAUGGGAGCACUUUCCUCACCCUUAUACCCAAGAAGGAUGACCCAAGAUCCUUUAAUGACUUUAGGCCAAUAUCCCUUUCUACUUUCAUGAGCAAAAUCAAUACCAAAAUCCUUGCCAACGGACUCCUCAAUCACCACUUGGACCACAAUUUCAUCAGCAGAUUCAAUGUUGGAUCCAUAAAGUGGGUUGGGCACCUUGCCUAUGCAGAUGACCUCAUGAUCUUCACAAAAGGUGAUUCAAGGAACCUUCUCAAACUCAAGCAUAUCCUAAGCCAAUAUCUCCAAGCUUCUGGACAAGAGGUCAACCUGUCCAAGAGUAGGUUCUAUACUGCGUUGCCACUCCGCCAUAGACGCUCGCUAGCUUCGUUCUCUGCGCUAUUGUCGUCGUCUUCCAUGGACAAUCCGCCCGAGGGUUACUGUAGAAACGUUGGCAUUUGUCUCAUGAACCCUACUGCCAAAAAGAUUUUUGCAGCUUCGAGGCUUGACAUGCCAAAUGCCUGGCAAAUGCCUCAGGGUGGCGUUGAUGAGAAUGAAAAUCCAAGAGAUGCUGCCAUCCGAGAAUUAAGAGAAGAAACAGGAGUCACCUCUGCAAAAAUCAUUGCUGAGGCUCCUCACUGGAUGGCAUACGAUUUCCCACCACACGUCAGGGAAAAGCUUAAGCAGCAAUGGGGUUCUGACUAGAAAGGCCAAGCACAGAAAUGGUUCCUCUUCAAGUUUAUUGGAAAGGAGGAGGAAGUCAAUCUUUUGGGUGAUGGGACUGAGAAGGCCGAAUUCGGAGAGUGGUCUUGGAUGUCACCUGAACAAGUUGUUGAUCGAGCGGUGGAUUUCAAGAAGCUGGUUUACGAAGAAGUUAUGUCUGUUUUUGGUCCAUUUCUCCAAUAGCCACAGAGCUUUGUCUGGGAUAUAUGAAGGUGUACC